AUGCCGCCACCAACAACAGAUCAACCGCAGGCAAAUGUGGAACAGUAUAGGCCCGAGCUCAAUCGUGCGCCGCAGGGCGACUUCAUGCGACCCGCAUCACGCAGCCGAGCUCACUCAAAUGCGAAGACUAACGGAGUUGGGGUCCAGGUAGAGGAGACGCGGAUAUGCGUAGUCAUGGUUGGGCUGCCAGCCCGAGGCAAGAGUCUCAUCGCUCAGAAAGUUGUACGCUAUCUCGGCUGGCUAAGCAUAACCGCCAAGUGCUUCAAUGUCGGCAAUUAUCGGCGCACAUCAACUCCACAGCCGUCCGCAGCUUUCUUCGAUACCAGUAACAAGGAAGGAGAACGCUUACGGAUGGCAGCUGCCGAAGCUGCCGUAAAGGACAUGUGUAAUUGGUUCCGUAAGCCCGACAACCUCAUCGCCAUCCUCGACGCGACCAAUAGCACCAAGGCUCGGCGCCGCUGGAUCAAAGACCGGUGCGAUGCUGAGGGUAUCGAAACUUUGUUCGUAGAAAGCAAGUGCGACGACGAGGAGCUAAUCAUGGCAAACAUCAAGGAGGUCAAGACGACCAGCCCUGACUACAAGGGUCAAGAUCCAGAAGAGGCUGCCAGAGACUUUAGGGAGCGAAUACGGAUGUACGAGCGAGUCUACGAGACCUUGGAUGAAGAUGAGGCGGACAUGACUUAUUGCAAGAUCAUCGAUGUGGGAAGCCAGGUCAUCAUCAACCGGAUACAAGAUUAUUUGCAGAGCCGGGUGGUGUACUACUUGAUGAACUUGCACAUAAAGCCCCGAAGUAUUUGGAUUAGCCGUCACGGCGAGUCGAUGUACAACCUAUCCGGCCAGAUCGGCGGAGACGCUAACCUUUCCUCAAGAGGCGAACAGUACGCCAAACUUCUCCCGGAGAUGGUCAAGAAAUCAGCUGGUGAUCUGCCGCUCACGGUCUGGACAUCUACGCUCAAGCGCACAGCGCAGACUGCACGCUACUUACCGUACGAGAAGCUAUCAUGGAAGGCUCUAGAUGAACUCGAUUCUGGAGUUUGCGACGGUCUUACCUACGCCGAGAUCGAGGCUCAGUAUCCUCAAGACUUCAAGGCCAGAGACGAGGAUAAAUACAACUACCGCUAUCUUGGCGGCGAGUCGUACCGAGACGUGGUGAUUCGGCUUGAGCCUAUCAUCAUGGAGCUGGAAAGGUCGGAGAACAUACUCAUCGUCACUCACCAAGCCGUUCUGCGGUGCAUCUACGCUUACUUCAUGGGCUCAAGUCAGGAACAGAGCCCUUGGAUGGAAGUGCCGUUGCAUUGCUUGAUCAAGCUUACGCCGCGAGCGUACAAGACCGAGGAGGAAAGGAUGUUCGCUGACGUGCCAGCUGUCAGCACCUGGCGUGGAAAGGGCACGAAGGCCGAACACGCGCCAACGCCUGCUCAGUCUGUGGCACCGAGCCCGAUGAUAAAGCCAGAGAUCAAGGUGACUUGA